AUGGCAGGCGGGGGUACAGGUGAUGCCGCAGGUGGUGGGGGGAUGGCAGGCGGGGGUGCAGGUGGUGCUGCAGGUGGCGGUGGGAUGGCAGCCGGCGGUGCAGGUGGUGGUGCAGGGGGAGGUGGUGCAGGGGGAAUGGUAAUAGGGUAUGGAGGAUUCCCUGUUGGUCUACAAUUCUCCCUCAAAUUUGACAACGGACGAUGCAUUUACCCAGAAAAUGGUGAGAAUACAACAGGCACGAAAUUAACUCUCCCUCCAGGAGAAUGCAAUUCUGCGAAAGCCAAGUUCACUUAUUCAUCUGAAGAUGAAAACCUAAAACAUGUCAAGACAGGUUAUUGUGUACAACCUGAGGGUGAGCAACUGACUGAAGGCAUUCCAAUCGUGAUUGCUGAACCUUGUGACAAAAAAUGGGCAAUGACCAUGACUCCUGGUGGCUCCCUCAAACUGAAAGAUAAUGGUAAAUGUAUUCAACCACUGAGCGGUAGCAACUACCCAACCGACGUAGAGAAACUAGUUUUUGGCGACAAUUGUGAUAAACCUGAGAGCAAAUUCCAUAUUGAAGGUAUUGUAAGUUUGUAUAGAUGUAUAACAUGCGUUUAG